AUGGCGCAGAUCUUCAAGAACCUCGUCGAGGGCGACAGCAAGGGCGUGAAGAAGGAUGACUUCCAGAGACUGAGGGUCCAGGUCGGGAUCGCGCGCGAGUUGGCCAUGGACGCCGAGCGGAAGAAGGCCCGGUUGGAGAAGGAGGCGAAGAUGGAGGAGAUGAAGAAGGAGGUGCAGGGCAGCAUCGACGCGGCCGCGGAGGCGGCCAAGGCCACAGGCGAGCUCGUCGACAAGGUGCAGGCGGCAUCGAAGGAGGUGUUCGGCAAGGCCAUGAAGCUGGACGUCGAGGAGCUCGGCAAGGAAGCAGAGGAGCUGGACAAGCUGCUGGAAGAGGCGAAGACUAGCAUCGAAAAGUCGAAGGAGAUCGUCACGGGCCUCCUGGAGGACGUGGACGAGGACAUCAAGGCAUGGAUGACGCAAAAGGCGGGCGAGGUAAAGGGCAGGAUAAAUAUUCGCACGCAGCGGCUGGGCAAGCUUGCGGGCAGCCCCGGCAAGCUCCGCGACAUCGCGAAGAGAAAGGAGAUAGCGGAGAUGGAAGCGCUCGAGGCGAAGGCCUUGAGCUUUUUGAGGUACCACCAGAAGGAGACGAAGUUGAGCAGGGACGAGUUGUUCAAAGCAGUAGACGCCAACAAGGACGGGAAGAUCUCCGAGGCGGACUUCGUCAAGUUUUUUGUCACGUGCAAGCGGCCUCCGAAGCCGCAGGAUCCGAAGGCCAAGGCCGACGCCGACGCCGACGGCGAGGAGGAGCUGGACACCGCCCCCGACGACGCGGGCCUGCAGAAGGUCUUCAAGAAUUUGGUCGAUGGGGACAAGGAUUUCUUGACCAAGGAGCGCUUCGCGUCCGUCGUUCGGCACCUGAUGAAGGUUGCCACUGUUUCCGUCCUCAGCAAAGAGCUGAAGGCUGACAGCGAGGCGGUGCGCAAGUUGGAGGCCAGAGAGGUAGUGGAGGUGCUCGAGGGUCCCAUCGAGGACGAGGCGUCCAAGACGAAGCGUGUGAAGGUGACUGCCAUGAGGGACGGCGCCGUGGGCUACGUCACCCUCACGGGGAACGGCGGCACGGUGUUCCUCAGGGACGGCGGGCGGCUCUUCAAGGAGCCCGCAGAACUCCAUGGAGCCUACCAGAUUCCCCACAGGCCCACGGCCGCGGCCGUGAGCCCCGUGGACCCGCGCGGUUGCUGGGUCGACGAGCUCUGCCGCCGCCUCGCGGACGCACCGGCGAGGCUGGUGGUGCUCGCGGGCGAGGCCCCCGACAGCGAGAUCCAAGCCCUGCGCGACGCGGCCCGUCAGGUGGGCGCGCACGUAGCAUCGGUGUCGCCGCUGUUGGGCAGCGGCCUUCCACUGGAAGGCGGCCACGCGACCCUCACCGCGGAGGUGACACCCGAGGCCGUCGAUGCCCGCGUGGCCUCGGCUGUCGAGCUCUGGUGGCUGUCUUCGAGUGACACCGUGUUUUCGCUGGGCCUCCUCGGGGGCUCCCCAGUCGGGGUGCUCGACGCGGUGGAGGCGCCUCUGUCUGUGGGCGCCUCUGUGGCGCUGCCAGGGAGGGCCGUCGAGGCGGCCGCGGGUGUGUGGCAUCUCUGGGCGUCUAUCCAGGACGAGCUCGAUGCCACGAUGCCACUCCUCGUCUCCGACCGGUGCUCGUGGCUCCUCGGCGCGAGCGUGGGCCUCGCGGCCCAGCUCCGCGCCGAGCCUGCGCUCUGCCGAGGCUUUCGCGAGGAGGAUGGCUUCUGCCGCACGGGUUACUUCGCUGCGGAGGUCGUCGUUAGCGUCUUACGGCCAGAGCCGGCGAUGAGCAAGGUCGACAUUGGAAAGGAGGCCGUCACAGCCGUAGUCAAGGAUGGCGCCUGA